AUGGACGACCUACUCGCCCGCCACCGCAAGGAGCUCCGCGACCUGACUUCGCGCACCACGCAGAAGAAGAAGGCCGCGACGAAAAAGACGCGCAAGGGCGUCAACGCCGAGUGCGAGGCCCUCGAGCGGGAGCUGAAGGAGCGCCACGCGCGCGAGGUGGCAGAGCUCGAGAACCCCGGUGGUGGUGCCGGGGACCUCGACGACGAAGAAGAAGAAGACGUAGAGGCACCUGCGACGGUAGAAGACGAGGUAGCAGCCCCAGCUGCUGCAGAGCAAGCGUCAGACCCACAACCCACCACCCCCACAGACCCCACCCCGACCCCAUCCACACAACCCACCAAGAAGCCCCACCGCCGCAAAGCCGCCCUCGCCCGCCGCGCCGCGGCCCUCGCCACCGCCGCCUCCGAAGCCGCGUCCUCCGCCAGCACACAGCCAGACCUCCGCAGCCUCGAGCUCUCCCAGAUGGCGUCGCAGCUGCAGUCACUGUCACUCACCGAGGUCGAGAUCGCGCCCGACGGCCACUGCCUCUACAGCGCGUUCGCCGAGCAGGUGGAUGCCGCGCGUGACUACCGCACCGCGCGGCGGCGCUGCGCAGAGUUCAUGGGGGGGCAUCCGGACGACUUUGCGCCGUUCAUUGAGGGGGAUUUCGGCGAGCAUGUGCGGCGGGUGGGGGAGACGGCUGAGUGGGGGGGGCAGGCGGAGGUGUUGGCGCUGGCGAGGGCGUAUGGGGUGCAGGUGAAUGUGGUGCAGGCGGAGGGGAGGGGCGUGGAGAGGAUGAAUGAGGGGGCCGAGGGCGGCGAGGUGUGGUUGGGGUAUUAUAGGCAUAGUUUUGGGCUCGGGGAGCAUUAUAAUUCGCUCAGGAAGAAUAAGGAGGGCGGGAGUUAG